AUUCUCUUGCAUAUAAUUUUUAAUUUUGGCAUUUAUUGUAGUUGCUUUGAUUGGUUUGAAUUUUUCUUGUUUACGAUGUUCAUGUUGUAAUUGGCUUGUAUUUGGUAUGCUAAUCCUGAAAUUGGAUAUGGAAAUUGGGUGCUUUUAUUUGGAUUAUGAUUGAUGGGUUUACUAUAGACUAAUUUGAGCAGUUGGUGAUUCCUUAUGGUGUAUGGAAGAAUUGGGUUUGGUUUUGGUUAUGGCGUAAAUCCAAUUUUUUUUAAUUAUGAUUGUGAUUAUCCAGAACCUAUAAUUUUAGACUGAUUUCAGCUGCUGAUAGUUCUUCACUUCUUUUGUGAUGUAUGGAAGAACAAAAGUCCUGCGCGUACAAGGUGUAAGUUAUUGUAAACCAAAAUAACUUGUAUGCAGUUUUUUUUUAAACUUUUAAUAUGUUUUGAUUAACUUUUAUAUUAUAAAAAAAAGUUGAUACAUAAUUAUUUUAAAGUAUUAAUGAUUAAUUUUAUACAUUAUUAGUGAUUUUGAUCAAAUAAUUUUUAUUAUAAUGAAUUUUUUAUCAUUACAAAAAUAGAUAACUUUUACGUAUAUAAAGGUAACUUUUAAACAUUUUGAGUCAUCUUUUAAUCCGGUGUACAAUAUUUAUUGUACGACACUUGUAAAUAAGAAUUUGUGAUGGCAGAAUUUGGUUAGUUGGUGAUUAGGGCUUAAUUUGAAAUUAUUUGAUUCCCAUUAUUGUUGCAAAUUCAACUAUUAUAUCGGGUGUACAAAAAGGAAGGUACAAAGGGCACGUGAUUGAUACACGUUGCUGCUCGAAGGGUACCAGUUACUCCCUCCUUCCCUAAAAAAUUGCCCCAAUUUCCUUUUUUUGUCCCCGCCUUUGAGUUUUCCCCGCCCCAUACCAUUAAUAGUAUGUGGUCCUCACAGGUUUCCUCUCAUAUUCUAUUACUUCGUAUUUAAAUUAGCAAAAAGACAAAACUGCCAACCCACAUGUUUUCAUUUUGCAUUCUAUCUAAAUAAAGUGGAAAAUGUGGUAUUCGGUAAUCUUUUAGGGAAUGAGGGAGUAUGAAUUGCCAGGUUGCAAAAUUAUAGUGUUCUAGAGAUAUGAUGUAAAUCAUGUAAUCGUGUGUAUGCAUUGUUAGUAGAACAUAGCUGCAAGCACGGAAAUGGUAAGCAGUUAAGCUCCGAUUUGUAGAGACGAACUAGUAAUUGAGAACCACUUAUGUUACUUAAGUAUGACUUUGAGAAAUCGGAGAGAGAGUCCCUUAUGAGUUAUGACACUAUAGGAAUGAUGUAAAGAAGGAAUAAUGUAAGGAUUGUUAUUGAUUACAGGAGCCAAAUGGCAGAUGAAUAAGGCGGCUGGCUGAAAUUGUAUGAUUGAUGAUGGAUUAUAAAAAUCUUUAGUAAUAUCGAAUUGGAUAGCAGGAUUAGUAAACCAAUUGUCUAGAAGAGUAAACGAAAUCUUCUUAGUUAAAAAGGAGCUUUUCGGACAGUAUCAUGCUUGUAAUACGAAACUUGAAGAGAGUAUUCUUACAAUUCAAGCAUAUGGUUAAAAGAGGGAGUCAUGAAAGGGAUUAGGAGGUUUCAAAUAGUGGUUGACUAAAUAAAUUCAACUUGCGAAGUCCUUUAGCUAAGCACAAAAGAUGUUGCUAAGAAACUAACAGAAAAAUCGUUUGACAAUAAUAUCCCUGUAAAAAGAUAUUCAAUACUUUUUGUUUGGCAUAUACUUUGGGUGUAUUUCAGGAAUUUUGUCAUUAGUUUCUUUAUACUGCUGAUAUGAAUCUGUAAAUUGGAUUAUAGAUAGGUUAUGCAUGUGUAUGAAUGCUGUAAUAUUCAUAUGCUAUACUACAAGUGAAGGAUGUAUUUGUGGAGUAAGUGGUUAGAAGAGUAGCAGAGCUUUUACUUAGAGUUGAUAAUGGUUAGAAGUAGGUGGGUGUAUUGCACCUAUAUAUGAUCAUUUUACGGGGUAAUUUUUGAGGAAAUACAGUAGAAGUAUUGGCAAUGUGCUUGAACGGGUGGCACUUGUAUAGUUGUAUGUACUGUAUACCGCAUUACCACCUAAUAAUUAAUUGCUAGUGUAGAGGUGAAGAUGUUGCUUGUUCCAGCUCAUGAACCGGAGUUGUAAACUUGCAAGGGUGUUCUUGGCUCUGCUCACUAAUAUAAAACCACAUUUGCCCCUGCUAUUGUUGUGUGAAGGCACUGCAGCUUCAUGUUAUGUUGAACACAAUUUAUUGCACAGGGUGGGUGCGGAAAUGCCGAAUAGUUUGACUGAACUAUAGGAUUGUUACACCAAUUGAGGUUGGCAUGAGUGGUUAAGGGCCUCUUGCUCCUUAACCAAGGUCUCGGGUUCGAGCCUUGGGAAUGGAAAAAAUCUCAACUGGGAGGGAUGCUGCCCAUCGAGGUACCCAUGCAAACUCCCACGGGAGAUUACCUCGUCGAAGGCGGUGGGAACUCCUCGUAGUAGAACCAAAAAAAAAAAAACUAUAGGAUUGUUACGAUUGUAUGUAGCAUGAUAUUUUUGUUAAUGUGUGAUUGCAAAGUUGUGUAGUUGCACCAUGACUUAUUAUCUAUAGAGAAUGAUGAAUUAACACCCUGCUUCCAUUGAGAUUAUUUGCUCAUUCCAUUGGAUAUUGAGAUGUGCCUGUGGGAUGUGGCAAAAUAAAGAUAUCCUGUGAAACACGAGAAUUUAAAAAUGUUUUAGGGGUAGGAUACGAGUAUAUGACUUGUAAGGCCCAUACUCACUUUCAAACCCCCUUGUGUUUUACAAACACCAAGAGUAGGAUAGGAUAAGUUUGGAACGAGAGUCAAACCCAUCAAGCCUAUGAGGUUCUAACAGACUAUAUAACAAGUGAGAAAUUAGAAGCAUAAGUCCUGUUUUUCGAGUAUUUAAGAGUUUAAUUCACUGAUGUAAAGUGCCGUUUGAAAGUGGUAAAAAGUUAUGUAGUUGUAGACUUUCCCUUCAAGAUAUUAAUCAAAAUUGUUUUGGUUAUCUUGUAAAGUGUUUGGAGAAUAAAUAACUUCAUUAGUGGUUGUUUAGGUAGAGUUUAUCAGUGUUUCUCAGUUUUGAAAGGGAUGUAUUACAGUGACACUCCACUUCCUUAGUAAUCUACGACGAAGUAUGUACUAUCAGAUUGUAGUCUGUUGCACAGUUAUAACUCCUCCCUCUAUCUGGAAAGUCACGUAUUCAUGAUCGAGGAUCUAGGAUUGAAUUCCAUCUAGAUCAUUUACCUUUUGUGACUCUUUUUACGCCCAAAAUAAUUUGUAGAGUUAUUUCUAGACGUCGGUACUUGGGAGUUGGGAGUAAAGAGAAUAGAUUUACAUAUUACACAUCAGCUGACUUUGUAUGGAACUUGCUCCAGAAUACACAACUGUUUUCUUUGAGUCAUUAGUCUUUUUUAUUUUUAUUUUUAUAGGAAGAAGUCUUUUUUUUAUUUUUUAUAAUAAGAAAAGUAGUUGAUUCCACAGAAUUCACAAUGUCCCACAAUUUCAAUACCGUGUUGAUUGUUGGAACUUAGUAGGCCUUCCACUUUUAGGAUAACAAACGAGGGAAGAUUUGUUUUCAUACUACUUGUACUUUACUUGUUCAAAAACUGUUGUUUGUCGACGUAUUUAAUACUUCUUCCAUUCUUAUUUACAUAACACAAUUAAUUAAUACUUAACUAGGUACUUAGCUUAAUACUUAAUUUAAUAUACUACUUAAUGUAAUAUAUUUGUACUUAGCUUAAUACUUAACUAGGUGAUACUCGUAUCGUGCUCGGGUUUUCAAACAUAAUUUUGACACUUAAUGUAAUACUAUGAAGUAAUUAACUCUCAAGAUAUCAAUUUCAGAAUUUCUUGUUACUGGUUUUAGUAAACACUAAUUAAUAAAUACAAGUAACAAAGAAAUCCAAUUUGCUACCUCAAUCAGUAAAUCUGGUAACGCUCACUAAGUGCCAAAAUUUCUACAUUGAAAGGUCAUACAAUUGAUUAUUAAUUGGAAAAUUGACAUCUGAGUCAAGACGAACCAAUUUCUGGGAGGAGUUGGCGUGAGAAACUGGGUUGCUUUUGUUCAAUUAAUAGACAAUACUUCUAUUUUUUUUUUGAAAGUUCAAGGAAACUUGAGGUACAAAAUGGCCCGUCUGAUACUUUCUAAGUACCACAAUAGCACAUACUCUGUUUUUUUUUUUCUUCUCUUUUUUUAUUUUAGUUUUUUAGGAUGUCAGGAAAAAAGCUAUCACAAUACUAAUAUCGCAUGUCAGUUAAAAAAAAGAAGAUUGUUUUUGGAUAUUUCAACUAUUACAAAAGGUUUUAGUAAAAUUAUUGUUUCCUAUCUUUAAUCACAAACUCUUAAUUAAGGUGGGUAUACAAACACGUUCAAAGUUAUUAAAAGCUGAUUAAAAGUUAUCCCAGUGUGCAUUAAAUUUAUACACCGUAUGCACAAAAGACCUUUCUCUUUUUAAUAAUGAGAGUUAGGAUUUUGGACAAUUAUUUCCAGAUAGAUAGAAAAAUUAGUUUGUUGGAUAAGUUAACAAAUGAACGUAUUAGGUACGAAACAUUUCUUCUCUUUGGAUAGUUUCCACAAAUGACAAAUAAUUGAUGUCUUACAUACACAACUCAAUAAUGUGAAAGUAGGACCUUUUGGGUACAUUAGACACCACCAAAACUAAUGACUAGUAGUAGUUUUGGAGGUGUACAAAGUCUUUGGCUUGUAGUUGAAAGACUAUGAAGGCCAAGUCUAGGUUCAGUUGUCCAUUAGCUUCUGUGAAUGAUGGUUAUUUUGUUCCUUUCUUUUCACUUCCUGGUUACUAUUCUAGAAUCUAGAGCAUACUAUAAUAUCAUACCAAAAACACCAUAUUUAAUGGUCACAAAAGGCAUGAAUUUCUUCUGUAUAUAAAGUUUUAUAUACCAGAAUUUGCCAUUUUGAUGUACUUGAAACACAUCAAUUUCCAAUUAGAAAAAUGUCUUCCUGUUUCUUUCUCAUACAUUUUUUCUUCAUAACCUUGAUCGUCUUCUUAGUCGUUCCACUGUCAAGCGGGGAGAAUACAAAAUAUACAGAUUGCUCAAUUCCAUUCUCAUGUGGGAAGAUAAAAAACAUAGGGUACCCGUUUUGGGGAGGAAACAGGUCCCGUUACUGUGGGUUCCCCGAUUUCCAGCUCUAUUGCCAAGAAUCUGCUGAUUACCCUACAAUGAGUCUAUUCCAGUUUCAAGAGAUUGAUUUAAGUGUGGUUGGCAUCAAUACAUCUUCCCAUGUGAUGCUUUUUUCUCUUGAAAUCCUGUCUGAACGUUGUUAUUUGCUUCCAACUGGAAAUCUAACCUUGGUUCCCUCUCUGAAACCAGAGGCCAGUAAUAUAAACAUCAGUUAUGGUUGCACUAAUUGUAGCUCCAGAAAUCACUAUAAAUCUUUUAACUGCUCCUACUUUGAUGGUACAUAUGGCACUGCUUAUUACUUAGGUAAUCAAUCAGACAUCAUCAGAAGGACAGGUAAUUCUUGCUCGUGUAAGAACACCGUUCCUUUUCCAGUGGAUAAGAAAGGGUUAGAUGAACUCAAAAGCACAAAUCACUCACUUCUGAGUAUCUUAACAAAUUGGCCAAUAAAGACGGAGUACAUGGCAAACUUCCCAGCAUGUUCCAAGUGCGAGGAGUCUGGCGGCAGAUGCGGUUCAUUGGAUGAGCAGUUUGUUUGUCAUUGCCAAAAUGGAUCCCAUCCUCGUGUGUGUCAAGACACUGAAAAGAAAAAGUCAGAACUGUUUUUGGGACUAGGUAUUGGAGCCUUUGGAGGCGCUUUACUUGUGUUUGUAGCAAUCACAGUCUUCUGGCACCGUAAGAAACUAAAAUUUGUACUGUCCCGGAGUGCUUCCCAUGACUUACUUGAGGAAGGAAGCAUAUACUUCAGCGUACCAAGAUUCUCUUACAGUGAACUUGUAGAAGCCACUGCCAAUUUUGAUCGAUCCAAGGAACUUGGCAAUGGUGGCUAUGGAAUCGUUUAUUAUGGAAAACUAAAAGACGGGAGGGAAGUAGCAGUAAAAUGCCUCUAUGAGAAGAGCUACAAAAGGUUGGAACAGUUCAUGAAUGAAAUUCAAAUACUGACCCGUUUGAGACACCAAAACCUCGUCUCACUCUAUGGUUGCACUUCCCAGCAUUGCAAAGAACUCCUCCUUGUUUAUGAGUAUGUGAAAAAUGGCACAGUAGCUGAUCACCUCUAUGGAAAAAACACAACAUCAAGAUUACUACUUCCAUGGCCUAUUCGUCUGAGGAUUGCAAUAGAAACAGCCACUGCACUCUCCUACCUACACGCUUCUGAUAUCAUACACCGUGAUGUUAAAACCAACAACAUUCUAUUGGAUAAUAAUUUCAGUGUCAAAGUUGCUGAUUUCGGGCUUUCAAGACUCUUCCCAACGGAUAAAACCCAUGUUUCAACAGCACCACAGGGUACUCCCGGGUACCUUGACCCGGAAUAUCACCAGUGUUAUAGAUUGACAGAUAAGAGUGAUGUUUACAGCUUUGGAGUAGUCCUUAUUGAACUCAUUUCUUCAUUGCCUGCAAUUGACAUGGACAGGGAUAAACAUGAAGUGAACUUGUUUAACUAUGCAAUGAACAGGAUCCAACGGUGUGCAUUUGAUGAGUUGGUGGACCCACAACUUGGGUUCGCCUUAGAUUUUAAGGUUAAGAGGAUGACAACAUUGGUGGCAGAGCUCGCGUUCCAGUGCCUGCAACAUGACAAGGAAUUCAGACCGUCAAUGGAUGAGGUUUUAGGGGUUCUGAAUAGUAUUGAAGGUGCUGAUUAUGAAGCAUUGCAAGCAGAAGAGAUGGCUAAAAAUGUAAAGGUGGAGGAUUAUGAAGCAUUGAUUGCAGAAGAGAUGACUGAAAUUGCUGCAGUGGAGGAUUAUGAAGGAUUUUCGGCAGAAGAGACAGCUAAAGAUGUUAGUGUGGAGGUUGUAAAGAUGCAUACCGCUAACUCACUGUCUGCACCUGUAGAGGAUGAUCAAGCGCAGCUGUUGAACAAUCAUCGGUCGAAUACAUCAUCUCCGAUUUCUGUGAUGAAUAAAUGGGUUAGUAGCUCUACCACCUAGCUCCAGCAAGUAAGGUAAACCUUUUGUUUUCUCCAGAAAUGUAUCAAACCAAUGUGCAAGGUUCUAGUGUAAAUUGAUGGAAUUGUUUCUCAACUUGAAAAUUUCUGUAUAUUAUUACUCCCAUGUAUUAUACAAUCAUACAUAAUUAGGAGUACAAAUUUUGAUGA